AUGUUGAGCCAAAAAGAAGACCACGCUACGGAAGAGCCUCAGAAGCUUACCACACUCGAAAAUGAUCACACAUCAGUCGCCCGACAAACAUCCCAAACCAAUGUCCAGCACGACACCACAGGAUCAACAUCCGCGGCGCAGCCAGCUGCCCCUGCCAGUGCCCUCGAAACGCCGGCCUAUGAGGCAGUAAAAACCUUCUGCCGCAAACACAAACUCCACAGAUGGCUCGCGAAGCAUGAUCUCGGUAAACACUUUCGACAUAGGAUCUUCAUCGGCAAGAAGAGGAAGGGAAAACCAAACAUAUACGCUGGGGCAACGGCAGCUACUUCAAAACAAGCGCUGGAAAUUGCCUGCCAAAGACUGUUAGCCAAACUAGACGAAAUUGAUGUAUCAAGCUUUUUUGGGAAAGCGGUGAAGAAAAAAUAA